GGCGGUGGCAAAAUGUGGCUUGCCGAGCCGAGCCGGGCUGUGCCUGUAAAGAGACGGAUGUAAAACGGGGGCAAGGAGCGAGCCGCGAGGCCUGGCUCAUGCCGCUGCUGCCGCUCCUGCUCGUGGUGGAUUAGACUGCAGGUAGCCUCAAAAUGAAGAAGACCCGGAGUACAACCUUACGGCGAGCCUGGCCUAGCUCGGAUUUCUCUGACCGGGCUUCGGAUCGCAUGAGGUCCCGCAGCGAAAAGGACUACCGCCUGCACAAACACUUCCCACCAGCUUUCCUUUCCCAGGCAUCACGGGGCUACAUGACAUCAGGUGAUGUAUCACCCAUCAGUAUGUCUCCCAUCAGUCAAUCACAGUUUAUCCCACUUGGGGAAAUUCUUUGUUUGGCCAUCUCUGCAAUGAACUCAGCACGGAAACAAGUCACGCAAGAAGCACUAAUGGAACACCUAACAACCUGCUUCCCAGGUGUUCCAACUCCAAGUCCUGAAAUCCUUCGUCAUACCUUAAACAUGCUUGUACGAGAGAGGAAAAUUUACCCAACUCCAGAUGGCUACUUUAUUGUGACCCCACAGACUUAUUUUAUAACACCAUCCCUUAUAAGAACUAACAGUAAAUGGUACCAUCUGGAUGAGAGGAUACCUGACAGGUCUCAGUGUACCUCUCCACAACAAGGAACUAUAACUCCUUCCACCUCGGGCUGCGUCAGAGACCGAACGUUACCCAAAAACCACUGCGACUCUUGCCAUUGUUGCAGAGAAGACUUGCACAGCAUGCAUGCCUCCACUCUACAGAGAAAAUCAGCAAAAGACUGCAAGGACUCCUAUUGCCCCCCUUCUCUGUGCCAGGUGCCACCCACUGAAAAAAGUAAAAGUACUGUAAAUUUUUCUUACAAAACAGAGACACUUACAAAGCCUAAAGAUGGAGAAAAGCAGUCUAAAAAAUUUGGGCUAAAAUUGUUUCGACUGAGUUUCAAAAAGGAUAAGACAAAACAGCUGGCUAAUUUUUCUGCCCAGUUUCCUCCUGAGGAAUGGCCUUUAAGAGACGAAGAUACCCCCACCACAAUACCUAGGGAGGUAGAGAUGGAGAUUAUUAGGCGUAUUAACCCAGAUUUGACUGUAGAAAAUGUCAUGAGGCACACUGCACUAAUGAAGAAACUUGAAGAAGAAAAAGCUCAAAGAAGCAAGGCUGGAUCUUCUGCUCACCAUAGUGGGAGAAGCAAAAAGAGUAGGAGUCAUCGGAAGUCUCAUGGAAAAUCUCGAUCACACAGUAAAACCCGGGUCUCUAAAGGAGAUCCUUCAGAGGCCUCCCAUUUGGAUGUACCAGGUGAAAGAGAGUAUGAUUUCUAUGAUCCCCUCACAAGGUCUCCACGGGAAGGCUGCUUCAUAAUAGAACACAAAAGGGACAAUUUUAUCAUGCACAGCAGCCCUAAUGUUCUUGAAUCUCACUUUCCUAUGACACCUGAAUGGGAUGUAUCUGGCGAACUCGCUAAAAGGAGGACUGAGAUGCCUUUUCCUGAACCCUCAAGGGGAAGCUCCCAUUCUAAGGUCCAUCGAAGCCACAGCCAUACCCAGGACCGAAGAUCAAGAAAUGAGAGAUCUAAUAAAGCCAAGGAGCGGUCUCGAUCAAUGGAUAACUCAAAAGGACCUCUGGGUGCUGGUCCUUUAGGUACACCUGAAGACAUAGCUGAAGCAUGCAGCCAAGAUGACCAGACAGCCAGCCAAACUUACAUUGACGAUAGCACCUUAAGGCCUUCACAAUCACUCAGUCAUCAAAGGGCUCUGAUGUCAUCUUCAAACUACAAAGAGAUAAUUAAACCUGAAAAGACUGCAGAAACCCCCACUUCCUGUAGCCUGUUGGAACAAAGCAAGCCAGCAGAAAAUUUGCCACCUUAUAACGAGCUCAACUCCUGUACAACAAAAUCGGCCAUUGAUGAUUAUUUUCAGUGUAACACUUCCAGCGAAACUGUACUUACUGCUCCUUCACCUUUGGGAAAAAAUAAAGACGACCAUGACACAAUGACUUUGACAGAUAGUGUUAAAAAAGUGUCUCCCUCAGAAAGACAGUCACAGCACAUAGCCAGAGAACCUGGAGUGCACAAAGAGGAGUCCCCGAAAGGGCCAAGCAACACCAGUGGGCCAAUUGCUAUUAGCCAAACCCCUGAAGUGAUUGCAAAUGGCCGAUUGGUUCAACAUCACAACACGGAAUCUAGUAGCCUUGAUAAGAGGAAAGAAAUAUUUAGCAAAGACACACUUUUUAAGCCUCUCCACAGUACCCUGUCUGUUAACAGUUUUCACAAGCCUAGUGUGCCACUAUUGAAACCUCAUCAAAAGACACCUUCUGACACAUUGCCAAGCAGAUGCGACAAACUCGAGCAAGCUAUGGUAACCUCAGUUACACAAGUCAUACCUAUUUCGCAGAGACAGCAAGAGACAGCUGGAAACCAAGAAGCAUCCUUUGAUUAUUAUAAUGUAUCUGAUGAUGACGACUCUGAGGAAGGGACAAAUAAGAACACUGAAGAAGAGAAGAAUCGGGAUGAUGUGGGCACUAUGCAGUGGCUUCUUGAGCGGGAGAAAGAAAGAGACCUGCAAAGAAAGUUUGAGAAGAAUCUCACUCUCCUCACUCCAAAGGAAACUGAAAACAGCAACAAUCAGAGAGCCACACAUUCAGCGAGACUGGACAGCAUGGACAGCAGCAGCAUCACAGUGGACAGUGGGUUCAAUUCUCCACGUACCCGUGAGAGCUUAGCUUCCAACACUUCAAGCAUUGUUGAAAGCAACAGACGUCAGAACCCAGCUCUCAGUCCCGCACAUGGUGGUGCAGGUCCAAUGUUCAGCUUCCGAGCAACUGCCGACCCUUCAGCAAAUGAAACUGAAAAACUGCAGAAACCUGCUAAUUGCCUGCAAGCUUCUGUUACAAGUGUUUGAUAGUGCUUCUGCCUCAGAUCUUCUGUCUCAUCCCAUACAGCAAAGUUUACGACACUGGGACUGAUGUUUACAUCUUUGGGAGGAAAAAAAACCCAGGCAUCGCAACCGCACAGUUUUUGUGCCUACUUAAACUGUGCUGCUACAUAGGCUAGGGGCAACAAAGAAAUCUUUAUUUCAAGGUAUUGCUUUUCACAUUUUGCGGCUCUGUAGCGACAGAAUAGCAGUAGGGAUAAUAUGUACACUUUUGCUUCACUUAAUCGUAACUGAGCACAUAUAUGAAAGUCUAGACACUGUAAGUGUAAUCUGCAUUUUCAAUGUCCAUGCAGUUGCCAACUUCAUUUAAAAAUGCCACAGAUAUGUGAUGCCCCCUACCACUGGUUAAACUAUUUGCCACAGAGUUGAUUAUUUUCCUUUAUAAACUGAGCCUUCAUUGAAAGUAAACAGUUAAGGGUCACCUUGAAGGGAAAUGAUGCCAAACAAGAGUAGGAAAGACCUCAGCUCUACCUGUGAAUUAUUUAUACAUCUGUCAUUUUCACUGUGAGUCUUCAUGACAUGAUCUUGCAAGAAUCCAUAGCAAAAGUAAGUCAAAAGAGGUCAUGUUUUAAAGAUGUGGGAAGAAGUGGGAGAUAAUGGAGAUGUUAUCUAUUUUUUACUUUAUUUGAUUUCUUUAAAAGUAUGAGAUGUUUACCUAAAACUUAUUUCUUAAUUUCCCCUAGUGCAAGCAGGGAUAUAAGACUUUGAAUUGAAGGAGAAAGCUAACUUUGAUUGAGGCACAUCACUAAGUGAUAGAAGAGGUAACAAACAGUUUUUUGUUAGUAUAAAUCAAGUUAGGUGGUCACUUCAGUUGUUACCCCAAAUUAUUAUUAAUAUCAAAUAAUUUGUUUGAACAAAAAGAAGAAGAAAGCUCUUUGUGAUACAAAUGAUGAAUAAUGGCCUGAAGAGUUGAUUUCUUUCUAUGGAAGGACAUAUUAUAUUUCUAUUUUAUGUAGCUUUUAGAGUGCCUAAAUUAGGCUAUUGAAACUAGCAUACACUGUAGAGAACAGAUUGAGAGACUAAUAAACUUCAGGCCUUUUAUUGAAUUACAUUUCGUUGUGAGUAAACAUUGUAUGGAAAUAGUUUUAAAACAAUCAUAUGAAUUGAAAUUAAAUGUGUCAAAGAAGGAUUAGUGAUAAAGAGAGAGAUUACUUGUCUGAUCUAAGAGAAUAAGAAACAAUAACAACGGAAUCAUUGAUGUAUUCAAAAGCUUGCUAAGUUUUUCAUCAACAAAGGUUAGUUCAAUAAAAGACAUCACUUUACCUCUUUUGUGAGUCUCACAAAGUUGAUAACAAAAGUGCUGUAUCCACAGGUUUAUUAUAUCUAAUUUGUAUGUCCUGAAACUGAUCAUCCAAAGUAAUUUAUUAAAAAAAAAGCUAUUCUAGAUUAAUGUUUAGAAAGAUACACAAUUUCAAGAGUAAACUUGAAAAGCAUUAAGGGCCAAAUUCUGCUGUCAGUUUUUUAUGCAACCCCAUACUGCAGAAAAUUUGUUUUCAAACAGUCAUAAUGGUGGUACAAGUUGAAGUAUAAAAUACAAUAAGAAAGAUCAGAAGCAGUGUAAAUUGUUGUAUGCAUUGACAUUUACACUAUCUGUCUUUUGUUGAUAUCCAGGUGAUAUAAUCAAGCGUACCAUUAAAGACAGUAUUUUCAUCAGGUACUGGUGAUGAUUUGUAUAACCUUUUCAAGCUUCACUUGUGUUCUGUGUUGUCUUCUGAAGGUGCAUUACCUUAAAAGAAUUUUUAAACAGCUUUCAGGUGCUUAUGAAAUAGCUUUAUAAACACUGGGCACAAUUCACGGGCUCUUCUGGUACAUAUGCAGGGACUCAGAUGUGCUUUGCAAAUCCAUGGGCUCUGGUACAUAUGCAGGGACUCAGUUGUGAAUAAUGCAGUUCUGAAUAAGCAAAAGCAUUUUCCUUCCCUUUGGUGUUGGGAAGUGUUCCAUGUAUGUAAUCCCACUGUGCACACUGAGCCUUUUGAGUCAUGUGAAGAUUUGAGUUGCAGCCCUUAUAUCUAGAACAACCAGUAAAGGAUCAGGUCUAGAUGCUUUCUUUAUUAUCAUGUACAAAUUCAAUUUGCUAUAAGCAGUAAGAUAGGGCUCAGUGCAUAUAAUGGAGAUUAUUAUGCUGCUUGGUUGGUUAGUCAUUUGGCCUCCUGCCUAAUAAAUACCUUCGAAGCUGUGUUGUAAUAACCCAGAAAUGCAUUGCCUGACAAGUCUUAUUGCUUACAUCUGUAACUCUGGGAGUAUUUAAUACACACACCCUCCAGAGUCAUUAGGUUUUGGGGAGGAAAUUUCUAUAACACUACAAUAGCUGCUGGUGGUUGUUUUUUAAUUUGAGACAUACUCUCAUAUUUAUAGUAUGUAUCAGUUCACGAAGUAAAAUUGCUGAAAUGAUUUCUUAAUUUAUAGCUGAAAGCAAAAUUAAAAUGCAGUAUUAAAAUGUGAAUGGGGGAGAUAUUACCAUGUAAAUGGUGAAAACUCUUCCUUUAGUUAAAAUUAUUGAAAUUAAUACAUGUAGCAGUUAUAUAAAAGACAUCAUUCCAAUGUUAUACAAUAGAUUUUCCCUCAGUUUGCAUUUAAAGAUUCCCAAAGACAAGCUUUAAAAAGCUCUUGCUUAUGUUGGCUUGGUCUGGCCAAGAAUAUGUUUAUGACAUUCUAUUAGUGAUAAUGUGACUCUCAGAACAUGUAAUAUAAACAAAAGUUACAAAGAGAUACAUUCUUAUUGUGCAUUUUUUUUUAGAAGAAAUAUAAGGGAAGCCCGUUUUAAGAUUAUAGAUAUGGUAGACCCACAGGAAUGGAGCUUGACUGUUUUGUCACUGUUAUCCUGUGAUGAACUCAUGAUGACCUUGGUCAUCUAUCAUCCUCCUCCUAAUGUAUCAGCUGAAAGGUUUACAAACCAGAAUGCGUUGAAUCUCUAUGUUGUGUUCAACUUUAAAGGGUCAACACAAAUCUGUCGGCAUUUUGCACACUUGAUAUGUAUUAUUAUAAUACAACAUGUUACUUUUAUGGUAAAACUUUUUUUACACAUAUAACUACCUCCAUGAAUUUGAUGAAAUGCAGCAACAUGUUUUUUAAAAGGGUAUUGUUAAGAGCAGCGUUAAAAACUUUAUGAAGAAAAAGGCCAUAACGUUCUCUUGUGUGUUGGUGCUUGCGUAUGAAGUCAUUUUUCAUUGCCAUGAUUUCCUGUUACUGUAUUCAAUUGGCGUUUGGCUUUAGUAGUAUAAGGUUUUAUACAAAAGUUAUAGAAUCUUUUAGAUAAAGAAAACAGUUUCUACUAAAGUUUCUACCUGAUAGAAAGUAAAGUGUUGGUUGUAAUUUAGAAGCCUGUUAAUAUAUACAGUAUAUGGAAUAUGAUUGGCAGUUUGGGGCUUAGCAGAAGACACACCAAGUAUUUUAACUGCCUCCAUUUAAACACUUUGGGCCCUGUUCUGCCUUCAUUUAUGGCAACAUAUCAUACCAGUGCUUAACUUACAUCCUUCCAUUAACUGCCUUCAAAUGGGCCACUGGUGUGAUACGCUCUUCAUUUUCUCAAUCUUAUGCAUCUUGGGGGUUGAAUAUUAUAGGGUUCAAUCUUUUUACAAUGCAGUAAAUAGUCUGAGAUCCUAACAUUAAUACUAGCAGUAACAGAACCACCAAAUAAGAUGUAAUAGUGUUUUUCCUUUAGAUAUUCAGUUUAAAAAACGAGGAGCAGCUAAGAAGCUAAUUACAGGACCUUCCUAAGUGGCAGCUGUAAUUUUUAUAGAUGGUGCUAGAUAAAUGUUUAGGGUGCUCAAAUCAAUCCAUGUCAUUAUUUCUCAUAGAGAAAUAAUAAACAGGUUUGCAGGAGCAUAUUGUAAGAACCCUUUUAAUUGGUUAAAACAAUACUGGCUUUAUUAUACAUGAGGCCGUGAAUCUUCUGUGCCUGAAAACAAGUCCUACUGCAAAGUAGUCAAGAUUCUGUACCAAGACGAGCCAACUUCUGCAGCUUAAAUACAUUUUUCCAGCUUCUACUAGCCUUGGAAGGCAAGGUGUAGGGUGGUCAGGAGAUAGGAACUGCACAUAGGAUUUAACCACUAGCAAUCCUUUGCAGAGCCAUUCUGAAAUCUUGUGGUUUCAGUCUUUGCAGAGGUUCUGAGUAUACUAAUGCCCGUGCCAGACCCAGAUUCAAUACUUGGGUGGUGCAGUCAUGAACACAUUGAAAACAUGCAGCCCUGGAUUUUAAUAAAAAGUAUUUUGCCCUUAGUGAAUCACCAGCAAUGGUUGUCAAUUAGAGGAAGCGGCAGCUACUUUUCUUUGUUAGCAAAGUGAGUUGGCAUAAAGACCAGGUCAUGAAAGAGUGGCAACAUGUUGCACUGAUAUUGUGCCUUUUACCUGGAGAUCUCAAGUGCUUCACAUAUUUUACAACUAAAUUCCAUUAAAACCGAUGGAACACUAGGGCCUCAUCUACACCAAGCAGAAUAUUCCACUAUGAAAGUGGUAUAUAAAAGGCAGGAGCCACACUACUGCUUUAUAGUGGUACUGAAGUGCAAUGAUAACUGUUGGGGCCCAUGACACAUCUACACCAAGCAGGAUAUAACACUAUGAAAGUGGUAUGAAAGCAGUAUAUAGUAUAUGUCAGUGGGCACCAACAGUUGUCAGUGCACUUCAAUACCGCUAUAAAGCAGCAGUGUGGCUCCUGCAUUUCAUAUACUGCUUUCAUGCCACUUUCAUAGUGGAAUAUCCUGCUUGGUGUAGAUGAGCCUGAAGUGUUCUUGGGUUCAUAAACCUGUCAAAUAAAGGAUUGCCCUCAUCUGACUUGAGUUGAUUGUGCUUCAGUACACCGUCUGACUGGCUACUAACCGUGAAUAUUAGUUUUAAUAUUUAGGUGUUAACACUGAAGCCAUUAAAGAAGAGAAACAAUUUUGGAGCGUUGCACCGGCUCUUACUAGAGUGCCAAAAUGUUUCAGUUCUACCCAUUCCAAUUCGUUUAAAACCACUAAAAUUAAUACAAGCAUUAGAAUUUAUUUUACACAGGGCUUUUCCUAUGAAAUUGCUGAGUUCAGUCUGCUGUAAUUUAUACUUCUUUCUGCUCCUCCAGAGAAUCAUUGUUAUUAAACAGAAAAAAGUCUGUUUAAUUUUGUUUACUACUUUCAAUGCUACUUUCAAUGCUAAUCAGGCAAAUAAUUGUCCCAAUCCAAAUUAUUUGAUUUGCACCUUCUACGCCAUUUCCAAAGUGCAGUACUCACUUCUGUCCAAUAGACAAUCUAGGUGUCCUCCCUUUGCCUGGCAGGUGACCAUCGUGGCAUUUCACUGGAUGUCAAUUUCUCUUUCCAUCCAGCUACGUUAGCGUUUGCUCUGCUAUAGAUUCACACACAAGGUGCUGUCACUGGAUUGGGCAAUGGAAUUAAAUCAAGGAUAGUGAGAUAUAUCACAUGAUAUUUUUACACCAUCAUUCCAAAUCUGCAUUCCCUUCCAAUGGUGCAAAUCAUGCUUAAAGUAAUUAAAAUUAGCAGAAAAUACUUAGCCUUUGUUUUAAAAGUGUUUGAAUAUUCUGAGUUUUAAAGAAAUUGUCAUUCCUCACCCAGAUACAUUGUCAUGAAAUUGGUCCCAGAUCAGCCCAACAGGGUGAGUGUGUGGAAGUGUUUUGUGACAUGUAUUCAAUAAGUACAAUGUAAAAUUGAUUCUGUGGAAUUAAGCAUUUUGAACUUUUGCUCACAACGCUGCAGUUUGCCUUGGAUCUGCAAGGACGGGGGGCAAAGGUGCCUGAUAGGAUGUAAUGUGUGGUUCUCGGCCCAUCUUCAUUUUGGUGGGCAUGGGAGGAGUGAGUUAGACAGGCCCACUAUAUAGUAAGGCCAUGUCCUAAAUCAAGCACUUAGCAUGGUGAAAUAAUCUGUGAGCUUCCCAUGGUUAAGACGAAAUAUGGCAUCGUGUGAAUGAGAAGCAAAAGCCAUGUUAAUGUAGCAGUAGCCUAUGAAGCCACAUAUACAGUAGAAUGGCUACUGUAUAAGUGGACAUGGAUAGUUAAUGGUAUCUGAACAGUGACAGAGGGGAUUUGCUUUUGUUGGGAGAAAGCUCUCGGGACACAGUUAAACAUAAAGCCAUUAUGUAUCAUAGUCUAUCUGCCAGAUCCCCAUCAUGCCAAGUAUAUGAUGACACAAACACUUCACAAACUCACCAGAGUGCCUCCACAGUGAGUUGUUCUGGGUACCUUAAGAAACAUUAAGCAAAGUACUCUUCUCUCUGUUAGUAACUCACCCACACACACCCCUUGAUGCUAGUACAUAACCAUGCAGAACAAUACUCUGAUUAGAGGUUACAGUGCGCUAUAUAUAAAAAUAUAAAUUAAAAUACAUCAGAUACUCACCUUGACUGUAAAAGAUCUAAAUAGGGCCCUUCAAGUAAUUAGCACAGAUGUUAACUUCUGUAUGAACAAGAGACUUACAAUUAAAGGGAUCAUAAUUCUGCAGGUAACCUUCUGUGAGUGACUGAAUGUGACUGUUGCAUUAGGUUUAAAUGAGUUAAUAAAUAAAUAAAUGCAAGUGGGACUUACUGUAUGCUAGAAGGGAGUUUUGCAACCAAGACUGCCUUGUAUAAAUGUGUUUGCACUGAAAAUAAAAUGAAAUUACUUGGUCUCUGGUUGCUGUAAAGGUCAUCCAAGCUGGAUGUUCUGUUUAUAUUGUAUAGUAUUUCAUAUGAAAUAAUUACAGUUCAUGAAAUGUCUUCCCUUAACGUUACUGAUUUAUAACAGCACAUUUGUGACAUGGUUUUUAUUGUGUCAGUGUACCAUAUUGUAAAUGAUGAUAACUUGUCAUGCUUAGUAUAAUAACUUAAAAAGAAAAAAAAGGACAGGGAUUUUGUAAGUCUAUAUUUGAAAGUCCCUCCAUAUGGUAAUAUUGUGUUCAUGUUGUUUAUGUAGUGUUG